GUAGGGCAUUCGGCGUGUUCCCAACACUAAUCACGCCUUCGAGUCUGCGAGAAUCAUCCGCUCAAUAUGGCGCUCAUCGAGCUGGCGAGGAGUUUAUGGCAUUCAUUGCUCUUCUCUUCCUUUCUUGGUAGCGUUGCGGUUCUGGGGAUAUGUGUAUAUCGACUCUACUUCCACCCGCUCGCCAAAUACCCCGGACCCCUGCUAGCGAAGCUGACGACGGGGUAUGCUGUUUACCACGCGUAUCGCAGAGACCUCCAUACGGAUAUCUGGGCCUGCCACGAGAAAUACGGCGACAUUGUGCGAUACGGUCCAAAUAGGCUUAUCAUCAACUCCGAGCCAGGAUUGAAGACUAUCUACGGCCAUGGCGCAAAUGUCCACAAAGCCAAGGGCUACGAAAAAGUAACUCAGGUGCCCGGCGUCCACGCGAGUCUAUGCACGCUCGACAACGCACGACACAAGAAGCUUCGUCGGCUAUUGAACCUAGGUCUUUCCGACACGAAUAUCCGGGCGAUGGAUGGGAAGUUGAGGAAUGUUGCGUCGUUGUUUGCUAGCGCGCUUGGUGAGAAGGAGGAUCGAUUCGAUACGUCGAGACAACUUAUGGGAGAUGGCGAUGAGUGGACCGUGGCGAAGAAUAUGACGCAUUGGUGCGACUUCUUCACCUUCGACGUCAUGUCCGAACUAACCUUUGGCCAAUCCUACAACCUCCUCGGCUCAUCGGAAAACCACUACAUCAUCGACGGCGUGUUGGGCCAAAUGCAGCGCUUCGGCUUCCUCCUCCAAUUCCCCCUUGUCGAAAAACUACGACUCAACCGACUCCUCUUCCCACAUGCAAAAGCCAAAGCCAUGCGCUUCAACGCGAAGUCGAGGCAGAUUAUGGAGGAGAGGAAAGCGCGCGGGGAGCGUGGGGCCGCGACGGAGAAUGAUGUAUUCAGUCAUCUCCUCGCUGCGAAUGAUUCCGAGACCGGGCAGGGAUUGUCGAUUCAGCAGCUCUGGGUUGAGAGUAACCUGUUGAUUAUUGCUGGGUCAGAUACGUCUUCGACGGCGAUGGCCGCGUUGUUUUUCUAUCUCUCUCGGAACCCAGAUGCUUAUGAGCGAGUCACAAAGGAGAUUCGAUCAGUGUUUGGUUCACCGGAGGAAGUAUGUCAGGGACCUAGGCUCUCCUCAUGCUCUUACCUCCGCGCAUGCAUCCAAGAAGCCAUCCGUCUCAGUCCAGCUGUCAGCGGAGCCAUGUGGCGCGAAGUCCUUCCCGGUGGCUUGACCAUCCCCGAGCACGAUCUCCUGAUUCCCGCAGGCUGCGAAGUCGGCACGGGAAUCUGGUCGCUUAACCACAGCUCGAAAUACUUUCCCGCCCCGCUCACCUUUCGCCCCGAGCGCUGGAUGAGUGAGGAGGCUAGCGGCGGCGCAGAAGAAGUUGCAUUGGCCAAACAAGCCUUUGCUUCCUUCUCAGUUGGGCCGAGGAACUGUGUUGGGAAGGGGCUGGCGAUGACGGAGCUUAUGCUGGGCAUGGCGGCUGUGCUUGUGCGGUAUGACUUUCGUAGGGCGGAGACGAGGCUUGGGGAUGUUGGCGAGGAGGAGAGAGGUCCGCUAAAGGGGCAGUUUCAAACGUUUUGGGCGUUUACGAGUUUGAAGGAUGGGCCGUAUAUACAGUUUCGGCCUGUCAAGCGGGCUGCAUAGAGUGUUUCGGGGCUGUAGUUGGUCAAAGUGCCGCGACACAUGACUGAGAGCAGAAACGCGGGAAUAGGAGCUUGCGAACGUUCUGGAGCCUGGAGUACUUCUUGUCUUGCUUUGAAUAGACCAUCUAUGUUGUCUUAUACACACCCCUAGGUACGCCUGAAUAGCGGGCAUAUUAUGGCUAAGAUGGCGGAUAUGGCGAUCUAGCUGGUAUUUAGCCAGGUGAUUGAUGCAGAGUCGGGAGGUAAGCAAACCAUGAAGUAGUA